AUGGCGGCCACUGAAGACGAGAGGCUAGCAGGGAACGGUGAGGGGGAGCGGCUGGAUUUCUUGCGGGAUCGGCACGUGCGAUUUUUCCAGCGCUGCCUCCAGGUUUUGCCGGAGCGCUAUUCUUCGCUCGAGACAAGCAGGUUGACGAUUGCAUUUUUUGCACUCUCCGGGCUGGAUAUGUUGGAUUCCUUAGAUGUGGUGAACAAAGAUGAUAUAAUAGAGUGGAUUUACUCCCUACAGGUCCUUCCCACAGAAGACAGAUCAAAUCUAAAUCGCUGUGGUUUCCGAGGCUCUUCAUACCUGGGUAUUCCAUUCAAUCCAUCAAAGGCUCCUGGAACAGCUCAUCCUUAUGAUAGUGGCCACAUAGCAAUGACUUACACUGGCCUUUCAUGCUUAGUUAUUCUUGGAGACGACUUAAGCCGAGUAAAUAAAGAAGCUUGCUUAGCAGGCUUGAGAGCCCUCCAGCUGGAAGAUGGGAGUUUUUGUGCAGUACCUGAAGGCAGUGAAAAUGACAUGCGAUUUGUGUACUGUGCUUCCUGUAUUUGCUAUAUGCUCAACAACUGGUCAGGCAUGGAUAUGAAAAAGGCCAUCACCUAUAUUAGAAGAAGUAUGUCCUAUGACAAUGGACUGGCACAGGGAGCUGGACUUGAAUCUCAUGGAGGAUCUACUUUUUGUGGCAUUGCCUCACUGUGUCUGAUGGGUAAACUAGAAGAAGUUUUUUCAGAAAAAGAGUUGAACAGAAUAAAGAGGUGGUGUAUAAUGAGGCAACAAAAUGGUUAUCAUGGAAGACCCAAUAAGCCUGUAGACACCUGUUAUUCUUUUUGGGUGGGAGCAACUCUAAAGCUUCUAAAAAUUUUCCAAUACACUAACUUUGAGAAAAAUAGAAAUUACAUCUUAUCAACUCAAGAUCGCCUUGUAGGGGGAUUUGCCAAGUGGCCAGACAGUCAUCCAGAUGCUUUGCAUGCAUACUUUGGGAUCUGUGGCCUGUCACUAAUGGAGGAAAGUGGAAUUUGUAAAGUUCAUCCUGCUCUGAAUGUAAGCACACGAACUUCUGAACGCCUUCUAGAUCUCCAUCAAAGCUGGAAAACCAAGGACUCUAAACAAUGCUCAGAGAAUGUACAUAUCUCCACAUGACUGACUUUAGAAUGGGAGGGUGGGGGGAUUUGUAGCAUAACUGUAGCUCAAGUUUAAAAGCCAUGUAUAACCAAGUGUGCUCUUUUUUUAAAAGGUAGAGUCUUACAAUCAAAUCUUCUGCUGAUGUCACUUUGGGAUAUGGUCUUGAGCCAGUAAUCUUUGUACUGGGUUUCGAGAAAAUCUUUGUUGAAGUUUGAACCACAACUUUGUCGUGGUUCUUAAAUGUUUAUACUGUAUUUCUAAGAAGUUGUUUGAGGCAAAUUAACUGUAUGUGUGUAGGUUAUCUUUUUAAAAACUCUUCAGUGCAAAUUGUAUCUUAUAAAAUUGACACGAAUUUUCAAAACAAGUUUGCACUUCAUAUAGCAUUGAUAAUCUUCAGGUGAACACUUAGUGAUCAUUUAAAAAGCUCACUGCUGAUGGUGGAAAAUUUGCUUUAAUGAAUUAAGUAUCUGGGAUUAUUCUUUGAAAACAGAUUACCAUAAUUUUUUUUAAAGAAGAGUGACUUAUUUUGUCUUAUUCUUAAGUAAAGUGUGCCAAUUAAACCUUUGUGGCCUAUAUAAAUGAAAUGAAUAACUUCACAGUGAGAAUAAAUAGGUUUAACUAAUAUGAUAGUUUUCUAAAAGGAGAUUGUUUGAAGACAACUAUUAUGUAACUGAGGGAAAAGCAACUUAACUAUAUGUGAUUGUGAAUGAGAAAGCUUUGUGCUAUGUGGGUCAUUUAUUUAGACAUUGCUGUGGUGAAUACCAGUUAUGUUUGAUUUUAUUCUCAAAUCAUUAGUUGCCUUUUUUUUUCUUUUUUUGCUUUCUAGGAAGAAAACAAUCUUUUUUAUCUAGAAGGAAAGAUACUUUGUGUUUUUAUUUUUAGCCUUUUGAAUUUUUUAGUUCGUUGCCCCCGGUGUGUUAGCUGCUCUAAUUUCAAACUAAUGCUUUUCUAAUUUUUUUCAAACUAAAUAAGUGAAAAAUACAAAAACAGAACCAUUCAAAUAGAUUCAGUGGUACAACUCUCUAUACAUGGUCAUUUUUAUUCUCAUAUUUUCAGGUAAAUGAAAGGCAAAUGUAACCAUUUAGAGGGUAAGAAAUAGGGUUUUGUUUUUGUUCAUUGUUUUGUUUUCUUAAGUUUAUGAACUAGCUAAUUAUAAAGGAGAUAAUAUAAAAACUCUUCAUUAGUAAUUAAUUAAUCAGUAACUCAUAUCCAUUACUUGCUUAGUGACAUUCAGAACUAUGAGUCUAGUACUGAAAUGGGGAAAGAAAUCUCUUCACUAAAGGAGUUGGGUUAAGUUAGUCUUGGUGAUAAUAAAUGUUGAAAUACAAACAUCAGUAUAAAAACUGUAUUACUGGUAUCACUGUUUAGGCAUCGUAAUAUUUUAAAUGUUAUCUUUUUUUCUAAAUUAGAGAAAAAAAUGUUGUAAAAUAACAGUCCUUCCCAAGGGAAACAGUAUGUACUUGGAGAAAUGAUUCAUUUAUUAUUGGCAUGCUUAGUUUUAAACCUGAGUUUGCCAACUGUGUGUUUUUAAAUUAGAAAUAAAAAAAUCUUCUGAUGGUGGGGGGAAAAACUAAGCUUACUAACAGAUGUUAUCCUUCUAUGGGUUAUUCCAAUUGCUACUAUUUAAAUCCUGGCAGAUUAAGACAUCCAUAUCUCAAACUAAGUCAUCUCUUAGACAUUGGAAGUUGAAGUAGCAUAUAUAUAAUGGCUUUAGUACUAUAUAAAAAGCCCAAAUUGUUUUUUCUGUAUCACCAAGAAAGGUUAGGAGGUAAUAAAGGUAGUAACUGUAUGACUGUAUUCAUAAAUGUAAGUUACAGGAAAAUUCCAAUCUAAAAGUAUUUCAUAAGGCUAAAUAUUUUCUAACUCCUUAUAAUUUAAUACCGUAAGAUUAUAAAUUUUAGUAUGCUUCUAAUUGAUAUACCUGUGGGAGACUUUCUUGUGAAACGUUAUGGACUAGUAAAUGUUCACAUUCCAUAGCAACUUAAUUGACCAGAAAAUAGCAGGCCAGUGUGAAUUGUGGAGAAACUAUUUCUAACUUUUCUAAAUAGUUAUUUACAAGAAAAGUAUUUAUCAAUUAAAUAAAUUAUAAGCAAUAUUUCACAUAUAUACUUUAUUCCUUAACAGGAGUGAUAUAAUGAGGGGAAAUACGAAGUCUGAAAUCUCAAAAAGCUCUAUUUUCCUACUCCCUAAUUGUCUCCUUCCUGCCCCCUAAUUUUGUGGUAUUUUUUUUUAGAAAGUAGAAGGAGGAGCUUUGUUUUGAGCAUCUGCAUACAAAUAAGAUUAGUCAGAUCGUAUGGCAUAAUUUAACCUGUUUAUCAUUUCAGUGUUUUUAGAUUUGAUCUAUAAUAUAUAUGUGUUAUUAGAUCUUUAAAUAGUUAUUUGUAUUUAAUCUAAAUUCAUAUAGAAAUCUUGCUGAUGGUGGUAUAUAAUUUGAAAACUGUUGGACCUGAUCAUUUUUGAGGGACAGUUAAUGAGGAGGUGCUCUGGAAUCAGAUGACCUGGGUUUAAAUCCCAGAUUUGCCAGUUCAGUGGCAUGAUCUUGGACCCUAACUCUCCCAUUGAUAAAAUAAGGAAAAUAGGUAAAACCUAACUCACAGGGUUUAGGAUUAAAUGAGAUAAUACAGAUAAAGCACUUAGGAUAGUACCUGGAAUAUAGCAAAUUUCAAAUUAUAGGUUCUUUAUAAUGAUCAUAAAAUUAUUUUUCUAAUUAAAACCUCUCCUACAACAGAAAGAGGUCUUAACAGUUUAACCUCAGGGAAAAUGAUGAUAACAGUGUUGUUUUCUAAUCUCCCCAUAAAAAUACAGAGCAACUAGGACACUAUAGACACUAUUACAACACUAGAUGACAAGGUAGCUCUAUGAACUUCAAAAUACAACUAAGUGAGGACAAACCACUGACCCACAUAGUUUCAGUAUCUGUGGGAGGAAGUAGAAGGAAGGCAGCUGGUUUCUGACAGCUCUGCAAAUUGGAGAACUACAACACUGCCCACAGUUUCUCACUACAAAGUGCAGUGGGCCAAUCUAAGAACAGACACUGAAACUGGGAAGUGACUACAGAAUCCCAUUUGCAGAUGAAUGUUAAAGCAAUAUAAUAAGGUCUGAUGACUGCAUUAGAGCAGUCUGGGUUUUUUGCUGUGUACGUCUUGAAGCUUAUGAGACAAAGCCCAGCACUGAGGACAAACUUCUAGAAUUAGAAUUCAAAUGGGCAGGAUGGGUAAAAUAGGACAAAAGAAAUAUCUAGAUAAGUAUUGGGAAGAAAGGCCAAGAUACAGAGACAUUAUACAUAUGUAUUUUCAUAUAUAUACACAUAUAUAUAUUCUUUUAAAUCACUGUGAAAAUGGGAGCUCUAAGGCUGUGAAGUCAUCCUAGAACCACUCCUCCCACUUAAAAGUACAGAAAAACUCGUUUCAGUUAAGGGGAAAAAAAGAGUGAGUGAGCCAGGAUUACAGUCCAACUCCAUUCAAAGUUAGUAUGAGAAAUAAUAAAUAGAUCAACAUCCUCACGGACAAUGAAAGCACACCAGAAAGACAUGACGCAAGACAGAUAAAAACCUAAUACUUGCCAAAAAAUAAAAUGCAAAUAUGACAGGAAAUUUAUAGUAAUUAAUGCAAUUAUCAGUAAAAGGAAAAGGUGAAAAUUAACCAAGUACCAAACACUUGGAGUAAAAAGCAAAAUAAAGCAGAAGGAAGGAGUUAAUAACAAUAAAAACAAGAAAUAAUUACUAGUAGCAAACCAAAACAAUAAAGGCAAUAAAUCCAAGUUGGUGAUGGAUAGUGUGGGGAGUUGAGUGUGAUAAACUACCAGCUAAUCUAUUUAAGAAAAAAAGGAGGAAGCACAAAUACAAAAAUUUAAAUGACAAGGGGGAAAUAGUAAAAGAGGAAAUUUGUUUAAAUUGACAACUUUGAGCAAUUUUACACAAUAAAUUCGAAAACUUUAGAGAAAAAUGCAAAUUGCCAAAAUGUAGGUCACAACAAACCAGUUGCCAUAGAAGAAACAAAUAGUUAAAAGUACUCCUUACCAAAGGAAGCAUCAAGCCCAGAUUGUUUCAAGGGGAUUUCUACCAAACCUUUUAAGAUUAAAUAAUCCCAUUCUUGCUUAAACAAUUCCAGAGACUAGGAAAAGAAUCUUGAACCUCAAAGUGCCAAAAAAAAAAAAAAAAGAAAGAAAAAAGAAACUGCUAAAUUCAUUUUAUAAA